ACAUUCAGAUAGUUUCUACCCUUGCACACCUUAACCCUCUGUGCAGACACACAUCACUAACACACCUAACGCCGCCAUGAGAGCCAGGAUGAGUAUGUUGCUGUUGUUCCUGGCAGCGACUGUCUUUGUGUCAAACGCUCAGACCAACAACAGCAGCAACGACAACAGGCAGCCGCAGCAGCAACAGCAGCAACGCAGCGUCUAUGAUGAGCCCAUCAGAUUCAGCACCAAGACCAAAGACUCCUGUACCAUGGUGGUGUCCGGAGCCGGGGACUAUACUCGCCUGCGUGUCUCCUGCAAAGGUCCAAGCCAGGGCCAGACCCCAGGACGCUCCUACUACUGCGACUUCCAGGGAAAACCCAACCUGUGCCGCGCCUACAACCUCAACCCUCGCCACUACUUCACCCAGAUGAUGUGGGACAUGAGGAAGCUGAGCCACGCCUGCCAGGGACCCAAAAUCUACCGCCCACUGAUGUGUAAGAAAAACCCAGACGAGUCCCAGAUGACCUUCCUGGCCUCCUGGCCAAAGACCACCACGCCCAAGCCCUCCAAGCCGGUCCAGGAGCAGCGUAAACCAGUGGUGCCGGCUCAGACCAAGCCUGCCACUACUCCUAAAUCUGUCAAGCCACAGCCAGCCAAGCCCCAGCCAGGCAAGGGACCCCAGAAGAAAACUACCCCCAAGCCUGGGAAGACCACUACUCGUCCCACAGAGCAGCCCGACUCCAAAGCAUCCCGCAUCGCCUCCGAGUACUGCUGGAAGAGCUUCCACGGCGUCUGCACCUACUUCAUCAGCUGGUUCCAAAACUGAGACGAUACAGCAGACACAGGUUGGAAACACCAGCGACGGACCCAGUCAGAACUCCUCUCGUCCAUAUCUGACCUCUCCAGGAUCUGUGUGGGAGCCAUUUCUGGAGUCAUUUCGUCGCUUUGUGAGGUCCGACUCCCAACACUGCAGCAUCUUACGGGCCGAGCCAAAAACACUCGACCUACACCUGUGUACGGUUCGCGGAUGACUGCUUGUGCUGUCAUGUAAUGUACAUGUCAUUUUUUAAAUCUGUAAAACACACAGCAAGGCGAAGGGAAAAUAUGGCAGGCAUGUGAUUCUGUUUGUAUAUGAUGUAAAAUUCCCUCCUCGUGUCACAUAAAUGUUUCAACAUUUAUUUCAGGAAAGAAAAUGUGAAGGUAAAGAGAAUAAAGUCAGAGUUGUGACCUCU